AUGAGACCUAUUCCGGACCUCCCAUUCUCUCGCAAAUCCUCCGACCAUCCCUCCUCUCCAUCCCUCGAUCCCCGCACUGCCACCCCUGCGACUUUCUUCUUAUCGCGCAGUCCAAAUAUCGCGGAUCAUGAUUCCACUAUAUCGUUAGAUAGCCCUGAAGACGUCAAAGAGAAUGUGUAUGGAGUACAAAGCCUAGAUGCCUCUCUGUCCCAAUCAGAAUUCACAUCCUUGCCCCGCGAUCACUCUGCAGACAGCUUGAAGCAGGCAACCGACGAUUUAGAAUCCCACCUCGCACAGCGCCGGUCAACGCUGAAGCCGUUAAACUCAGACACCGGGGAAUCCUCUGUACAUGCAUCUCCCAUUCAUGCAAUGUCUCGGCCCUUGACUCCGCUUACAUUGGGCAUCCCCGAUGACCCAUCCUCACUGCCCAGCAGCCCUAAGUCUAUAUCCAACCAGUCCUUGCGGCCACUCGAUGAUAUUUCUAUCACGGAUGAAAUCAAUAGUCAGGCGAUCGGAUCCGAAGAUGAGGACGAAAUGCUCCAUGGGUCUCCAUUUUUGGCUCCAGGUGGGGCCUCCCAGCUUAUCAUGCCAAGCAUCAAAAUGCCAAGUCGACGACCGUUUACUGAGCGAGGAAAAGCCAUGGGCCGAUUCAAGGUUCUUCUAGCUGGUGCUCCCGGUUCCGGUAAGACCUCAUUGAUCAAGUCUAUUGUGCAGACAUGCGACGAUAUCGUACAUGUCGACACCAUCCCGCAGGUGGCCUCUUUGGGACGCCGCAGACUUUCCCGGCCCCGAUCUCGGGGGACAUUGACUGCUACCGCAGAAAUUUAUGCUAGCACCAAACCUUAUCCGUCAUGGUGGUCGGAUCUGGAAGAUUCGCGCGUGCUCCAGCGUCGAAAGAGCAUCGGGGAAAUUGUACUAGAGAGGAACCUCUGUUUCGUGGACACACCUGCAACAAACUUAAGCCGGGCAGGCCAAAGCGACGCUAUCGAGCAGUACAUGAGACAACAAUUCUUCCGUGCCACCAAUGCACUCAGUGGGUCUAGUGUUGAUUUCCAAAACUUAUUAGCCGGGAAUGGUGGAUCCCAGGUGGAUGCCAUCUUAUAUUUGAUUUCUAGAGACACCCUCUCAACAGACGUGGAAUGCAUCCGCAAGCUCUGUGAGCUAAGCAAUGUAAUCCCAAUAAUAUCCAAAGCAGACACCCUCACCCAAACUCAAAUCACCCACUUGAAAUUCCGAUUCCACGAAGAAGCUCGUGAGGCCGGAAUCAAACCAUUCCUAUUCGGUGACCCCCCGAACGGUCCAGACGGGCUCGAAUCCCAACCCCCAUAUGCGGUCUCCUCCGAGAAAACAAUCGACACUGAAACAAUGGAUGCAAGCACCCUAAUGAGUCCAGACUAUGUUCAACCACUCGUGCCCUCCGAACUAGACGCCCUAGUCAACAAAAUGUUCGAUCGCGAUAACCUAGCCUGGAUGCGCCAUUCCGCUGCAAAGAAACUCCUUCAGCAACGCAUGGACUCGUAUUCAUUCCCACCCUCAAUGCCUGCCGCCAGUGGGUCCGCAUAUGCAUCUAGCAGCUGGCGUUCCGUCUCGGGAACCUCCAUCUCCCUCGACUCCCCACCCGGCUAUGCCAUGGCCCGCAUCGCAGACCACACCCAGAAUGAGGAGCGUAUGGCGCAGGUCCGCCUCGCCCAGUGGGCGACCGAUCUGCAGCGCAGCUUACAGAACGAGCGCGAUCGAUAUACCUCGCUGGCUCGCGGUGAGCGCGCUGUAUGGCUCACCGAGCGGCUGGGCGAGUGUGUUGUGGACGGCUCGUUAGUGCCUCUUUCGCAGACCCCGGGCUUCUGCGGGCUGCAUGGCCCUAUCCGGGAGAAGAGUGGUGGGUUCCAGGUCAUGCGAUCACAUGCUGGUUCCGGGGCAUAUCGCUUCACGAAUUUCAGUCCGCAUGACCCGCUCGGCGUGGUUGGCUGGAUUGACGAGCUUGGCCACCGGAGCUGGAUGCUUGUUCAGAUUGUUGGGAGUGUAGGGGUGGUUGGUGGAUUAGCACUCUGGCUUGCGCGCACUUGGGGUUUGCCGACGCGCAGUCUUUCGGAUUUGCGGGUUGAUUACUGGUGUGGCACUAUGGAACGGUAA